UGAUUCUUUUCUUAUCUGUGAUCCUUUCGCAGUGCUUGUACCGUUGAUGCGUCCACGUUUCAGUUAAUUAAAUACAAAAAUGAAUGAAACUCUUCUUUUGCGAGGUGUUCUUUUGGGGCACAACGGAUGGGUCACACAAAUAGCUACCAAUCCAAAAUAUCCGGAUCUUAUUUUAUCUGCUUCACGAGAUAAAACGUUAAUUGUAUGGGAGUUGACCCGUGACGAAGCUCAAUACGGAAUUCCUAAAAAGCGACUUUAUGGUCAUUCGCACUUCGUGUCGGACGUCGUCCUUUCUAGUGAUGGGAAUUAUGCCCUUUCAGGAUCCUGGGAUAAAACACUUCGUCUGUGGGACUUGGCUGCAGGGAAAACUACAAGAAGAUUUGAAGAUCAUACGAAGGAUGUACUGAGUGUGGCGUUCUCGGUUGACAAUCGUCAGAUUGUAUCUGGCUCACGAGACAAGACCAUUAAAUUAUGGAACACCCUUGCAGAGUGUAAAUAUACCAUUCAGGAAGAUGGACAUUCUGACUGGGUUUCCUGUGUACGUUUCUCUCCAAAUCAUGCCAACCCCAUCAUUGUGUCAUGUGGCUGGGAUCGUAUGGUGAAAGUUUGGAAUUUGGCCAAUUGCCGAUUAAAGAUCAACCAUUCUGGUCAUACUGGUUAUCUGAACACCGUCACUGUUUCUCCAGAUGGUAGUUUAUGUGCCAGCGGAGGCAAAGAUUGCAAAGCCAUGUUAUGGGACCUUAAUGAUGGCAAACAUCUUCACACUUUAGACCAUAAUGACAUCAUAACAGCCCUCUGUUUCUCACCUAACAGGUACUGGUUGUGUGCUGCCUUUGGGCCUUCAAUUAAAAUUUGGGACUUGGAAAGCAAGGAGAUGGUAGAAGAGCUUCGACCAGAAGUUAUGUCUCAAAAUAGCAAGGCUGAGCCCCCCCAGUGCCUUUCUUUGGCAUGGUCUACUGACGGACAAACCCUAUUCGCAGGAUACUCUGACAACGUGAUAAGAGUAUGGCAGGUCAGCGUAGCUGUUCGAUAGGGGCGUUUAUGUGACAUUUAAAUGAUAUGUUUAAUAAGUAAUAACAAUAAAACAAAAAAUAUUAA